CAUACGAAUAUCCAUCGUUCGUACUCGAAGGGUAUAUGUAAUAUUGCGAUAAGACCCGCUAGUAAAGACAUAAGCAGCCUUAUUAUUCUCAUUUAUCAGAUCUAUGAGCAAGAUAUUGCCCUCAAAUCAGCUCUAGGCAGAAGCAUUAUAGCAGGAGAAGAUGACGCAUUCAUCUAAGAAACACGAACCAGCUUCGAAGAAGCACACGAAACCUCGAUCUAAACCCAUGACAGACGACUGGGCUGACGUCACGGAUGCGGAAGAGAGGAGACGUAUCCAGAACAGACUUGCCCAACGGAAAUUCCGAGAAAAGGCCAAAGAACAGAAAGAAAAGGCGAAGCGGGAAUCAUGCAACCUCGAGCUAGCAAACAGCAGCUACCGCUUACCAUCGUCGGACGAGAUCGCCGCAGACGACGGGACGGACCUCUCGGGGUUGCCGUGGGGAAGCCUAAGCAUGAGGCAUGUACUUGCGCGAGGGCACGAGACCGAGAGCAGGCGGAGCGGUGGUAGCGGAGGUGGAGGCGAUAAUAAUACGCUGCAGGACGAAGCUUCGCCGCAGCAGCAGCAGCAGCAUCCGUACUACGCGAUGUCAAGCCCGUACCAGCAGCAACAAUACCAGAAUACCGCCGGCUACGGCAGCGCGACGAAUAGCCCCCAGGCGGAGGAUUUCGCCUUUCAGGAUGUUUCCCCGUACUACUUCGACUAUAACCAAGCGGGUGGGAGCGCAUACAACCAUCAUCCGAGCCAAAGUUAGAAAGCUUAGAAGGGAAUGGGGCUGAGGGUUGGAAGUAAGGGAGGGGAAAGCGCUGGACCACUUGCGAUGAGGAAUUGAAGACAGAUUCGUUUCGC